UCUUCAUCAUUCUACUCUAACCUCUUAGUCACACUAUUCUGUAGCAGUAGUUCAGACAGUACUUGUACACCCAUGGCUAAAGUAGCUGUUCUCUUUUUCCUUAUCGUCUUAUCUCUCUCUUCAGGAGGGAAUAUGAUAAAGGUUAAUGGGCAGAAAACUUGGUGCGUGGCAAAGCCUUCAUCAGACCAGGCUACCCUUUUAGCCAACCUCAAUUAUGCUUGCUCUCAAGUUGAUUGCAAGAUUCUGCAGAGAGGUUGCCCCUGCUCUUACCCUGACAAUCUCAUGAACCAUGCCUCCAUUGCCAUGAAUCUCUAUUACCAGUCUAGAGGAAGGAACCACUGGAACUGUGAUUUCAGGGCCUCUGGCCUCGUUGUUAUCACCGAUCCAAGUUAUGGUAAUUGCAUUUAUGCAUAGAAGGGGAGUAGUGGACUGAAAAAACUCAAGUAUAUGAUCUGCUCCCAUGUAGGCAAAAUUUGAUAGUGGAU